UGGAUUUCGUGGUUUCUAUCAUCAAAGGGGAAUGAAUAUUUCUGUGAAGUGGAGGAAGAGUACAUCCUCGACCGAUUCAACCUCACCGGUCUUAACACAGAAGUCUCCAACUACAAUCAGGCCCUUGACCUCAUAACGGACAACCUUGAUGACGACAUACAGGACGAGCUGCGCGGUGCCCUCGAUGUGCAGGCGAGGUUGUUGUACGGUUUGAUUCAUGCACGGUGGAUUGUGACUGCUCGAGGCCUCGCGAAGAUGCUUGAGAAAUACAAGCGUGCAGAUUUCGGUCGCUGCCCACGCGUUCUGUGCCAGUCUCAGCCUCUGCUCCCGGUCGGCCUCACGGAUGUCCCAUAUGAGAAGUCAGUCAAACUUUACUGUGGACGCUGUGAAGACAUAUACUCUCCCAAGUCGUCUCGCCAUGGCUCCAUCGAUGGUGCAUAUUUUGGCACUUCGUUCCCUCACCUCCUGUUCCUAGUCUAUCCAAAUUUGAUCCCGCCGAAGAGCGGUCCCGUCGAUCUUGGGAUUCGAGGGACUGAAGGGGAUGGCAAGCGACGGCGACGCGAAGAGCAGGAGUUGCCUACAGAGGGCCUAGGUGAAGGGACAAGUACGGCUGCCGUGGCGCUCAAAGCAGAAAGGUACAGGCCAAAGAUUUUUGGUUUUCAAGUGCACGAGAUCGCCAAAUUACAGCGAUGGCAGGAAGCUAUUCGGGAUAGGUACGUCCUAAGCUCUGUAUUGUCAUUUUGCAGAACUGAUUGCACACCACUACAGACAAGUCGGUCGUCUGGAAGACUCUUUCGUCUAAUUUUUCUUCGUUGUAUUCUCGUGUUCCCCGGUUGUCAUGCAAUACAUGUUUUUAGAUCCUCGAUGGUCGAUUCGGACGAGCUACAAUUCACUGUUUGCUACGAGCUAUAG